AUGAUGCUGGGAGCCGGAGGGGCAGCCACCUCUCUCGCACUGCUGUUGCUGCUGCCAUUGCUGUGCUGCUGCCACCUGUGCCACUCGCUGCGGAUUCCAAAACUCUCCUCCUUUGCGAAAGCAGAGGACAAGCUGUUCAAAUACCUCUUUGGAAACUACCAGAAAUGGGUCCGUCCAGUGGAAUACCUAAACCAGACGAUCCGUGUGAAGUUUGGAUUGGCCAUCUCCCAGUUAGUUGAUGUGGAUGAAAAAAAUCAGCGAAUGACAACCAAUGUGUGGAUGAAACAGGAGUGGCUUGACCGGAAACUCAGAUGGAACCCUGAUGACUAUCUCGGCAUCACAACUAUCCGAGUCCCUUCUAACAGGAUCUGGCGCCCUGACGUUGUACUGUAUGAUAAUUCAGAUGGGCGUUUUGAGGGUACUGUCACCAAGGCAGUUGUGAAGUACGAUGGAACCAUUUUAUGGACACCACCAGCCAAUUACAAGUCAGCCUGCACUAUUGAUGUCACCUACUUCCCUUUUGACCUCCAGAACUGUUCAAUGAAGUUUGGCUCCUGGACAUAUGAUGGCUCCCAGGUUGACAUAAUUCUAGAGGACUUCCAUGUGGACAAGCAGGACUAUUUUGACAACGGUGAAUGGGAGAUAGUGAAGGCCACAGGCAGCCGUAGUCUGAGGACAGACAGCGGCGCUACCUAUCCCACCAUCACCUACUUCUUCAUCAUCCGCAGGCUGCCUCUUUUCUACACCCUCUUCCUCAUCAUCCCCUGCAUUGGCCUGUCCUUCCUCACCAUCCUUGUCUUCUAUCUGCCUUCAAACGGUGGCGAGAAGAUCUCUCUCUGCACCUCAGUCCUGGUGUCUCUCACAGUUUUCCUCCUGGUCAUUGAAGAGAUCAUUCCUUCCUCUUCGAAGGCCAUCCCUCUCAUCGGGGAGUACCUGGUCUUCACUAUGAUCUUCGUCACGCUUUCCAUCAUCAUCACCGUCUUUGCCAUCAACAUCCACCAUCGCUCCUCUUCUACACAUCACGACAUGGCACCCUGGGUGAGGAAGAUCUUCCUGCAUCGACUGCCUAAGCUGCUGUGCAUGCGCAGCCAUGCGGACCGUUACGCCACAAGUGGAGAGGCAAGAACAGGAAGAGCAGCAAGACGGGGCAAGAUGAAGGACUCAGCACCUGAACUGACCUCUCUGCUCUACACCAGACAUAACCUACAAGCAGCUUUGGAUUCUAUUCGCUACAUAACCAUGCAUGUGGUUAAAGAAAAUGAGGUCAGAGAGGUGGUCCAAGACUGGAAAUAUGUAGCCCAAGUCCUGGAUCGAGUGUUUCUUUGGGCCUUCCUCCUGGUGUCGAUCCUGGGCUCUGCUCUCCUCUUCAUCCCGGUUAUUUACAAAUGGGCCAACAUCAUCGUCCCUAACUAUGCUGGAAGUACCCUCUAAGAACUACAGUUCAACUACCCACACAUGGAGGCAAAGCACAUUAACAGCUCAUUAUGGGUCUUAUUUGAGAUUUGAAAGACUGAGAUACUGUGAUUACCCCUGAGAUAGAGUCCUGCUCGGCUUAUCCACAGUCAUUCUGCAAACCACAGCCGUGCCAGAGAUCAAGCUGCAGA